AUGCAUGACCUGCCAGCUGUAGUGUUCUUGGCGGGACUUUUACAUGGUCCCAUCUUUGCCAGUGCCGGAGCCAUCAGCAGAGAGGGCGAGCAAGGGAACCUGUUUCAAGAGAGGGGCUGCUGCCAGAGGCAACGCCAUUUCCUCCACGUGGGGCGUGAUGUCUCUGGCAGCCCUGUGAGCGUGGAUGUUGGGAAGUGCAGGUCUACCUGCCCAUCCCAGCCUAUCAGCUCCCACCACCCUGGCCUCCUGGGGCUCUCCAGACACACUUCCAUGCUUGAUUUUCUUAGAAGUAAGAAGCUACAGGUCGGGCACCCCGAGGUUCCAGGAGCACCACGUGCCUGCCUGCCAGGGUCCCGCUGCGAGCCAGCCCGCAUCCGCAUGGAGCGGCUCCUGCUCCUGGAAGGCGAUCGGGAGGUGGAGGUGGUCGACAGCUGUCGCUGCAGCGCGUGGCCCAAGGAGUGUGUCCGUCUCCCAGCUCUGAAAACGUUCUUUCCGGACUCUCCCUGGGAGGUCACGGUUGACGUGGGGAGAUGCUCUGAGCCGACCUACAGUGCAGGUAGCCUUUUCUGCAUGCCCACAAAGUUCAGCACUGCUCUGGUCAAAAAUCCAAGUGGUGGGGAGGUGGUUCAGACGCUGGAGAGCUGCGAAAUGAAGGAGAAAUGCUAUCGUGUUUCCCAAGUGGAAUAUUAUUAUGAAAUUGUGCACAGCUCCACAGGACACAGGGAGAAACGGCUCAAGGAAAUUGAUGUGGGAAGGUGCUUGGGCAGCUGCUCCUCGGGGGAUCCCUGCUUGCUUAGGGAGUCACAAGGUGGAGAGAAAUGUCUGGUCUGGGCAGAAGUUGCCUCUAGCCGCUGUGCCCCUCACCGCUAUGACGUACACACGUUCAGGAGCCAUCGAGACCGCAUUCGCACCGUCGUGGCCAUCCAGCAGUGCAAGUGCAGGGGGUAGCUGGGCUGGGGACCUGCAGGUGGGGUUCCUGCAGGACCCCUGCCAGACUGUCUGUAGUAUAUGUAAAUGAGAGAAGGCUAUUUUAUCAAUGAAAGCUAUUUUAAACAGCGUUUGCAUAAAUGAACCCUCCACAAAAUGUUUUGCAGCUUGUAAAAUAAACAUCAUGGGCAAUUUGCAGCUCCUUGGGGCUCCGUUGUGCAGCUCCCCAGCCCCUCGGUCUGCCCAAACAUCCUGGGAUGAUGCGGUGUGCAGAGGGAUGGAUGUGGCUGUCUGGCACUGGGACCACACAGGGCCGGCUGCUCCUAUCCAUGAAAUGUGGAGCAGGAAUCAGGUGGGAGAGGGAAUCGGG